AUGGGACGCUCAGAGGCCGGCGUGGUAGACCCAGCCGCUCGCGACAAGUACCGCUUGCAAGUAACAGCAGGACCCUCGUAUGAUACCUCAACACACAAGGAAGUCGCAGUGAACAGCGAGGAGCCACACGUAAUCGAAAACGACCUCAUGACCUGCUGGCUUAGAAUACGAGUAAAGGACUACAAUGGCUUACCUCACAACUCGCCCCAGACAUCCGACUACUUCCAACAUCCCCUGCACACCUCAGAUCGCUAUUCAAUAGGCUUUUCAUUCGUUCCAAAACGCGACAUCAAAGGGAGUGACUUGGUCACGGGUUUCGACUUCGACCACAGCAUCAAAGACAGGCUGCCACCCGGCUUUCGGUAUGCGAUGAAGAUCGUUACAACAAUACUGGAUCCUGGUAUCUAUUCGGAUCCGUACUCCCACAAGCCGUAUUUGUACGGCCCUGCAUUGAGUUCUUUCUUCGCGUUCAGAAUCGGCGAACAUACGUCAGAUGUAUCUGCAGAAGAGCAGCUGAGGAUCCAUGAAGCCGAUGCGAAAGGAGUUAUUGAAGAGGGUGCCGAUGGCAGCGGGCAGCGAAUUCGCGCAGAUGGUCACAUCCCAGCGAAGACUUCCAAGCGACGGAAGCACUUCCUAGACCAGAAGAACUUGGAGCAAUUCACCUUUGAAGCUGGGCGCAUGUACCAAGCCGAUUUUUUCAAUCCGUAUCUCGAUUUCGCCAACUUUGCGUUGAGGAUACCUGGAUUCUCCAUAUCGGUUGUCAGGUACAUUGACGACAAGACGCAUCAGCUCAGAUAUGUUUUGAAGAAUCGUAGCACGGAUGAGGUGCUCUUUGUUGUCAUCUUCACACUGCUGUUUGGUCAGAAGCUCGAAGAUACUUUGGAAGGGGCCGAGCAGAAGCAGGAAGGAACACAAGCAGUCCCUACCGAAGCCGAACGCGAAGAAUUGGAUCGACUGGGAAGGGGAAGAUCCGACACAACAUCAUCUUACGAGACGACACCAUCUUCAAGAUCGCGAUCCUCGUCGGCGGCGACCUCUGACACUGAGUACGAGCGCGAGACAAGACAAGACAGACCUACUGCAGCCGUCACACUUGCGAAUUCAAUUUAUUCCGGCUUCGCUGCGUUAGGUUUCGGCAGAGCCGCAAGCACUUCUACCGCUGCCUCACGGAAGUCAAGCUCGCCACAACGAAACAGUAACUCUUUCGAGAAGCCGCAGACGCUGGAAGAGGAGGUUGACAAGAUGGACGACAGCAAAGUCGAGGAACUACUAAAGGAGAGGCAUUCUAGCGUUUGA